GUGUGAGAAAAAGAAGGAUAAGAGUUUUUAUAGAGAGAGAGAGAUAGAGAAAGUGAAAAGAGAUCUGAAAGAAGAAUCAUAUCAUUUCUCUCAAAAUCAGAAAUAUAUAUAUAUAUUAUUUGUAUAUAUAUAAUUAAGAAAGAAUGAAAUGAAUUAGGUUUGGAAUCUGUGUGAUGAUAGAAGAAGAAGAAAAAGAGGUGAAGAAGAUUAAAAGAGUAUGUGAUGAUAUUGAUAUAUAGAUAUAGAAAUAGAUAUAGAUACAGAUAUACACAAGUAGAUCUGAAGAAGAAAAUUGAUGGAUAGAAAUAGAGAAGCAAGAAGAGCUGCUCAUAUGGCUGCACAUCCUAGAAGACGACAUCGUAGCACAAGCUUACGUGAUUCCACUGAUGAAGAUGGAGGAGUGGAAGGGCAUGAGCAACAGCAAGGAGGAGGGGGGAGUAGAUUAAGGGAUAGAGGAGUGGUGAUGAAAAAGGAUAGAGAAAGAGAAAGGACAAGUAGGAGUAAAAGAAGAAGAGAAAAUAGAGUAAUUAAUAAUAAUAAUAAUUUUAAUAAUCAUAAUCAUAAUCAUAAUAAUAGAGAUGAAAUUGGAGAUGAAAGUUCGGAAGAAAGUGUAAAUGAUGAUGAAGAUGAGGAAGAUGAUGAUGACGUGGAUGCCGGAAAUAAUGGUGGUUUUAAGAUGUUACCUCCGGCGGCUGCUGUGUUAGGAAAUAAUAAUAAUAAUAAUAUUCAUAGUAAUAAUAGUAUUAAUAAUAAUAGUAAUAUGCAGCAGCAUCAAAAUCAUCAUAAUCAUAAUCAUCAGCAGCAACAGCAACAGAUUCAGCAUCGGAAAAGCUUUCCGCCGUCUGCCGGAAAAGUUUUUAGAAGUACGGCGGCGGCUGCACCGCCGUUGCCUGCGUGGAAAGCUGCUGCUGAUGAAAUGAUUGGUGUUUCUGUUCCCAGAAAAGCUCGUUCUGCAUCUACAAAGAGGUCACAUGAGUGGGUUUCUGGUGUUAUUGGAACGGAACAAAGUCACCGGCAAAACUCAACGUCACCGGCUGCUUCACCGGCACAACCGGUGGCUCCACCUUCUCCUUCAUCUUCAAAUCUGUCAGUCAGAAAAAAGAUGAAGGCAAAUGGAGUAGUGGGAGGGCCAAGUAGUAAUAAUAAUAAUAAUAAGCCAAGGCCCCCAGCAGCACCAAAAACAUCAUCAGCAAAAUCAUCAUCAUCAAAUCCAGAAGAGCUGGAAAUAGAGAUAGCUGAAGUUUUGUAUGGUCUGAUGACACAAUCACAAGCACCAUCAGCUGAUAAGAAAGAAACAACCCCACAAUCAAAUGAUAUCAAACAAUCUAUAGUCUCAUCUCCAACACCAAAUUCCACAUCAUCAGUAGUUGCACCAAAGAGAAAGAGACCAAGGCAAGUGUCGGAGAAUCCGUUUGGGGUACGAAAUAGUCCUCCAGCUUCAUCAUCAGUUAAGAAUGAAACUGAUCAUCAGAAUCAGAAUCAGGCUACAAAUUCUUCUUACAUGGACCAUGUUCCUGAAAAUGGUGCUGCGGCUCCUUUUGGGUUCACUAGUCUGCCAAUUAAUCAGGUUUCUGAAACGACCAAUCGGACGCAACCGCUGGUUGAAGAAGAGGGGAAAUGUGUUGGUGUGGUUUUGACUAAAGAAGAGGCUGUGAGUACCUCUUCUUUGGUUGGAUUAAAUGAAGGAAAUAAAGUUUCUGAAUCUGUGAUUAUGACAGCUGCCGCUGCUGCAAAUCUAAAAGCAGCAGUUAAUAUCUCAGAAAUGGAAACUAAAAAAGAGGAGAAGUUUGAAAUAGAUCUGAUGGCUCCACCUCCACAACAAAGAACAUCUCAGGGAAAUGAUGCUGAUGUUGAAUUUUCGGAUUGUAAGCAGACGUCAGCCAUGGAAACAAGCAAGAAUAAGGAAGAUGAGAAGGUGAGGAAAAAGGAAGAGACAAUUAGUUUGGCUGAAGAGCAAAAGAGGUUGAAAGCAGCAACAGUUCAAGAAACUGGUGAAUUGUCAAAGCAAGCUGUGAAUCAAGAACUCCGUAUCGAUUUGGAAAAACCAAAUAAGGAUGUUGCUAGUAUGGUAGGUGGUAGCAGCAAUAGAUCCCUUCAUCAAGCUCUGAAACAACAACUACCAGCUAAAUCUGAGAACCACACAGAGAAGAUUGCUCAACCGAGUUCUGUGCAAAUGCCAAUGUCUGUGGCUAAUUGGCCUCCGAUUGGGUACGUUGCACCGUUGCAGGGAGUCAUAUCAAUGGAUGGGAACGCCAUGCCUUCAGCCCCAGUUCAGCCAAUAUUUACACAUCCAAGGCCAAAAAGGUGUGCCACACAUUGCUACAUUGCAAGGAACAUCCACUAUCUUCAGCAAUUCAUGAAGAUAAAUACAUUUUGGCCGCCUAGCUCUGGGGCUGCACCUAUGUUUGGGGCCAAACCUGGCAAUCUUAAUCUGAUGCCUUCUGCUGAACUUCAUGGAAGCAUUCCAUCGGCUAUGCAAGACAAGGCACAGGGACUCCACAUCUUUCCGGGUCACGCCACCACAAAAGACACCAAAUCAACUCAGGCCACAACCGUUCCUGAUCCUGCCCAGAGGAAACAACAAAUUUUACUUCAACAAGCAAUCCCACCUGUCACUCCCAACAAUAUACUACAUGGGCCGGCUUUCAUCUUUCCGUUUAACCAGCAACAAGCAGUGGCAGCUUCUGCCUCGGUUAGACCUGGUUCUUCUAAGCUUAAUACGAGCACAAGUGGUGGUUUGGGUGGUGCUUCAGUUCCGCCCAGUUCAGGCACGGUGAGUGCACCUACAUCGGCAGCAGCCCCUGCGUUGAGCUUUAAUUAUCCCAAUAUGAGUGCCAAUGAAACCCAGUACUUGGCGAUUUUGCAGAAUAAUCCCUACACUUUCCCAAUACCUGCAGUUGGAGCUCCACCAAAUUAUAGAGGCAACCCUCAUGCCCAAGCCAUGCCUCUGUUUAAUGGAUCGUUUUAUUCUUCUCAAAUGAUACACCCUUCUCAAAUUCCACAAUCAUCCCAGCAGGUUUCACCAUCGGCUCAAGCUCAAAAUCAUCAUCCUACUCAGUCCCAACAAAUCUCUCAAACCCACCAGAACAGUAGCGGUUCCACCUCAUCUUCACAGAAACACCUGCAAGCUCAACAACGGCAGCAGCAAGGCAGUGGUUCUGCUGUCAAUGGCUCUGGCAGUGGAAACGGUGGGAGUUUGCAUAAUACUUAUCCUGCCUCUCAUAAAAGUCGAUCUCAGCAACCUUCUCAGCACAUGAACCCACCACGACAAGCCCGUCAUCUUGAAAAUGAAGGGACUGGUGGUGAGGAUAGCCCUUCGACUGCUGAAAGUAGAGCCUCACGUGCAGCACCCACAAUGAAUGUUUAUGGUCAUAAUUAUACCAUGCCAGUUCACUCACAGAAUUUUGCUUUGAUGAACCCUCAAGCUGCAAUGUCUACUGCUGCUGCAAGUGGAAACUCGCAUGAUAAGAAACAGCAACCUCACUCUCAACAGCAAGGGGUAAAAAAGGCUGGUGCUGAGUCAUCUUCUCUCCCACCUCAGACAUUUGCGAUGUCUUUUUCGCCAAUGAAUGGUACCACUGGUACUAUGUCAUCAAUGUCUCAAAACCAUGCAAAUGCCAUUUUUCAGAACGUACCAGAAUCAUUUAGGCAAAGUUAUCACAGUAUAUUGGGGAUGGCACCUUCGAUGGCUCAUUCUAUGCAAAAGAAGGAUUUCAGAGUACCCGAAGAAGCUUCCAGACCAGCAGGGCAUCACGAGUCUCCCAGUGUUGUUGAUGAGGAUCGAAAGGGCAGUUCAGGGUUGACUGGGAAAUCGGGGCAAUCCAUUGCCUUUUCAAGACCAGACAUUGCUACAGAUGCAUCUGGUUCAUCCCAGGGUAUGCCUGGAACUUCUGUGAUUGAUAGCUCUUCAAGGAAUAUAAACCUUGGUUCUAAUAACCGGACAUCUCGGUCUCCUAUGCCGACAUCUGCUGCAAAUGCUCAGGCUCAAGCUUCUCAUCAUUUACAUGCUCAAUUCCAGCAACAACAGGUUAGCCAGCAAGCACAGCAAGAAUUUCUUCAACUUCAAAAGAUGCAGCAGCAAGGAGGCCAGAACAUCAAUGCGAGGCUUAAGAACCCGCCAUCAAGUAAUGGUAGUGCAUACCCGGAUCAUCUGAUUACUUCAUCUUCAUCAGUGAUAGCUAAGUUUCCAAACUCACUAUCCUCAUUUCCACUCCAAACAAGCAACACAAGUAGUAGUCCUGUUCAAUCCCCCCAGUGGAGAAAUUCGGUGAGGGGUCCUGCAAGCUCACAAGCUCCAUCUUCACUUGCUUCAGCCACCACAUCUGUCAAAAAUCAUCACCAAUCCCACCAGCCCCAUCAAUCUCAUCAAUCCCAGCAACAAUCGUCAAGUAGGCCCCACCAACAAUCUCAUACGCAAAUUUCGUUUGGUGUUACUGGUCAGAAACUACAAUCCACAACAUCAUCACAACAGCAGCAACAGAAUCAAAAUCAGAAUCCAGGCACUAAUAGUAGUAACCAGUCGCCUUCUCCUCCAAUGUUGGUCGGUUCUCCCACAACUUCCAAUAUUUCAAAAGGUGGUGGUGCUGGUGGAAGCCCAAGAACAAGUGCACCGGCUUCUACAUCUGGUAGACCUGCUCAGGCUUCCUCUUUAUCUUCAUCACAGCAGGUUAAAAAUCCAUCUGUAGGAACCACCCAACGAUCAUCACCUUCCAUUCUUGGUAACCCGCAUAACACAAUUUCUACGAAGUCUCAACAACAGCAGCAACAGCAGCACCAGAAGCAAACAAUGCAACAGCAGCAACAGCAAUACCAAGCGCAAGCACACAUGUUUAUGUCACACCCUUACAUGCAACAAAGUCAACCACCCCAGUCUCAACAGCAUUCAGGUGGAUCAAAUACGGCAUCAGGGUAUUAUCUUCAACAAAGAAAGCAGCAGUCAUCACAACAGCAAACUCACCAAACAACUUCCACAUCCAUGUUAUCGCUUAGUCCCCCUGUGACAUUAGCAAAUACCACCACUUCUGAUCCUGCGAAAGCAAUUGCAGCCGCUACUAGUAAUUUGAAAGGUGGUGUUGGGUUGCCACAGCAAUGGGCGGCUGCUGCUGUUGCAGCACAGGCCGCUGUGGCCGCUUUCCCUACAUAUGCUCACAAUGCUCCUGUUCCGGUCCAGGUCAAACCUGUUGAGCAAAAACAACCAGCCGGAAAUGACAAUUUGCGUACGGGGCAGCCUGAGAAGAAGUAGAAGUUACAAAAGUCGAGCAGCAUUGUGCUCGUAUCACCAGGCUUAUCCGGCCCCAAGAAAACGAGAAAUAUGGAUGGGUUUUGUGAACUCGAAGAUGGCAAGUCCUUGGAGUUUUAAAAGGUUGGCAUAAUUGGAUCUUUUGAUGGAGGGCUGGGUGGAGAAAGAAGCUUGGUGCUUUGUGUUUAGGUGUUUGUCUUUUUAUUUUGGGGGUUUUUUUUUGGUAAAUUUUCUCCCUUGAAAGAUGAUUUAAAGUAUAAAGAAUACAUGUUGUUGGACAUA